AUGGCACAAGGCCGCCAGUCCACACUAGGGAAAUUCCUAGGGAAGCAGCAGAAUGGAACGAAACCCAAAGCGCAGUCUACAUUGGCCUUCAACGGCAAGAGCAAUAAGAAGAAGACCGAUGCUACGAAGCCCGAAGAUGAUGAUGUUGAUAUGACCAAUGGCAAUGACACCAAUGGCCAUGCUGCCGAGGCCUCAGGCGAUGACUCGGCUUCGAAGAAGCACAGUCGGUCGCCUGUGGAGGACGAAGAGGAUGAUUCUGAUGAUCAGCCGGUUGUGAAGAGGAAGAGGACGACUGCUCCUGCCGCUCGAACGGCCAAGGCCAGCCCUAAGGCCAGUCCAAAAGUCGAGAAGAAGAAUUCUGAAUCACCUGUCCCUACGUCCACUGCAACCAAAAAAUCGAGUUCGCCAGUCGAAGAAGAAGACGUCUCGGAGGAGGAGGAACAUUCAGACAGCGAAGGAGAGAAGCCUGAAGUCAAGAAGAAACAAGCUGCCAAAGUUCAAGUCGCUCUGAAGAGCACGGGAAAAGAUCCAUAUCCAGACUGGAAGGCAGGCGACCCAGUACCAUAUGCCGCGCUAUGCACCACGUUCUCGCUUGUCGAGCUGACCACGAAACGACUCCAGAUUAUCGCAUACUGCUCAGCCUUCCUCCAGCAGGUGCUGAGACUAACGCCAAACGAUCUACUGCCUACAGUCAUGCUUAUGCUCAACAAACUGGCUGCUGAUUAUGCUGGCAUUGAGCUAGGCAUAGGAGAGUCAUUGAUCAUGAAGGCGAUCGGCGAGAGUUCUGGGCGGUCUCUGGCCGUCAUCAAGGAAGAUCACCGCAAGAUUGGUGACCUGGGGCUGGUGGCCGCAAAGAGCAAAUCGAAGCAAGGCCAGAUGUUCAAGCCAAAGGCUUUGACCGUACGAGGUGUGCAUCAGGGUCUGCUGGAGAUCGCAAAAAUGGAGGGACAUGGCUCUCAAGACCAGAAAGUCCGAGCAAUUAACAAGUUGAUGGCGUCUGCCGAUGUCUCAAGCGCCAGCAAGGCAGUCGAUAUCAACAAAGACAAGGGUGGUGCGUCAGAAGCCAAGUUCCUGGUUCGCUUCUUGGAAGGGAAACUCAGACUUGGGCUGGCGGAAAAGACUGUCAUCGUUGGUCUUGCUCAAGCUGUGCUGGCGAAGGGCGAGGCCGCCUUGAAAGAAGUCUACAGCGAGCUUCCGUCGUACGAGGUGAUCAUCCCAGCUAUGUUGGAGCACGGCAUCAUGAAGCUGCACGACUCGUGCAAGCUACAGCCUGGCAUUCAUUAUGUCGCCCCACAAGCAGAAAAGGAGUACCCUGCUGCUGAGAGCACGCUCGUCAAAGAUCCGAAAUCGUUCAAAGGGCUUGCCUCGAUCUUUUCACGUAACUCGGAAGAUCUGUCAAAGAAGUACCCAGAUAUUCUCGAGAAGCUCAACACCUGGAUCAAGCCUACCACAACCUCAUUCGUCCUCGACUGCGAGACUGUCGCUUGGGAUCCACAAAACAAGAAAGUUCUGCCCUUUCAACAACUCAUGACACGAAAACGCAAAGACGUCAAGACAUCCGAUGUGACAGUCAAGGCCUUCGAACCUGUUGAAGGCGAGUUCGCUUUCGCUCAGUAUGGCGACGCGACCGACAUCGACCAGAUCCAGACCCUGCUCGACGACUCUGUCAAAGCUUCCUGCGAAGGCCUUAUGGUCAAGAUGCUGGACACUGAGGAGUCUGGCUACGAGCCUUCGAAGAGAUCUCGAAAUUGGCUCAAGGUGAAGAAGGACUACCUGCAAGGUAUCGGCGACUCGCUCGACCUUGUCGUGCUCGGAGCAUACUACGGCAAAGGCAAGCGCACAUCUUGGUACGGUGCCUUCCUGCUGGCAGUGUACAACCCAGAUACACAAGUAUUCGAGACAGUCUGCAACAUUGGCACCGGCUUCUCAGAACAAUUACUUGAGGAGCUCCAUUCCGAGCUGUCGGAAAUCGUGAUCGACAAGCCUACCUCCGACUACUCGCACAGCACGACCAAGAACGACCAGCCAGAUGUGUGGUUCAAGGCAAAAUAUGUCUGGGAAGUCAAGACGGCGGAUCUGACCCUUAGUCCGCGAUACAGAGCAGCGAUCGAGGAGAUGGGUGCAGGCAAGGGCAUCAGUCUGCGGUUCCCACGGUUUAUCAAGAAGAGAGAUGACAAGAAGCCUGAGCAGGCGACGAGUGCGGAGCAGAUCAAGGAGAUGUAUCAGAAUCAGGAGAGCGUGAGUAAGGAUGCGAAGACGGGGAUUGAUGAUGACUUUGAGUAUUGA